UGAUUCAGGGCCGACUGUAAAUCAUACUCUGUUCUCUCUUACAAUGGCGGUUUUACAAUUUAUUGUUUCGAUCUUUAUUGCAUAUUUUUGUAUCGGUGAGACCAUGGUCAUCCGUGAGCCUACCAGGGCCAAAUUGGACAUCACACAGCAGUCAUCAACAUCUGACAUCUGUUCAGACUGCAGCCAGAUCAUUGAGCUAUUCACAGACAUGAUCUCCAACACAGACACCCAGGAGCUGAUCAACAGCACCCUGGAUGACCUGUGUCAGCGCCUCCCCGGAGGUGUGGCUCAAAGCCACUGUGUAUCCCAGGUUCAGAUGUACCUGCUCCAAGCCCUCCAGUACCUCAUUGGCAUACUGAAGCCAGGUGAGACAUGUAUGGUAUUGGGACUGUGUGCUGUCCACUCAAAGAGGGGAGCACCUAAACAGCUUUCUCCUACCAUCACUGACAUGGACCUGUCCAACGCUGUCCUUGACUCAGGCACCAACCCAGAGGUGCAGGUCAGCCCACAAUGUACCUUCUGUGUUUAUCUCAUGAAGAAACUGGAGAGCGUUUUGCCUACGGAGAAGAUUGAGGAUGCCAUAGUGAAGCUAAUGGGAGGUGUGUGUGGCCUUCUGCCUGCCAGCUACAAGGACCAGUGCAAUGACUUCAUCAACAAGUAUGGCAAGAAGAUAGUUAACUUCCUGCUGCCGUCAGCCGCCCCUUACUCCAUCUGUGCCCUGCUGCACCUGUUCCAUGAGACCCCCAGCAUGGAGAUGCUCCUAUCCUCUGACUGUGAUUCCUGCCGUACGAUGGCGGUUCUGAGCCGGUUCCACCUGGGUCUCAACGCCACUGAAUCUCAGACCUCCUCUUUCCUCCAGUCUGUCUGCCUGAAGCACCCCAACACCAUCCCCAAGUGUGAAAUGUUCACCAAACUCUAUGGCCCCAGGCUGCAGAAGGUUCUGGGAAGCCAUAUGGAUGCAUGUGAGAGAGCUGAUGUGUGUGUUGUUGUGAAAGAGCAGCAUCUUCUGAGGAAGAACCAGUGUACCUGGGGACCCAUUUACAUCUGCAGGGAUGUGAAAACCUCUCAGGAGUGUGGCGUAAGUAAACUAGAUCUGCCAUGGUUUACUAUCUGAUACAACAACCCAAACUACAGAUGGUAGACUUCUGCCAGAAGGUCAUGAACUAGAGCUGAAAACCACACCCAGAGAUCUCCCUUCAUGGAUGAAGCUAUGAUGAAUUAUCUGCAUUUAUUAACUGCUAAGUGUGUUUAAGAACGUAACUUGUUAAUGACUGCACUGUUGCCUUAAUUUUUCUGUACAUUUAAUUUAACAGGUAUUAUAUUGCACUGUUGAGCAAUUUGAGAAAAAUGUCUGUAUAUUUCCUUCUUUAGAUUUGUACUUGUGUUAGGCUAAUGGUGUAGCACUGAGAUGAUUUGAUGGUGUCAGGUUUGAUUUUCACUGUGUGGGCCAUUACGAGUACAGUAAGUAAUUCAUUCAAACAUACUGUAAAUGAUUGAGUUAAAAAAAUUGUGUUACUUUUUAAGCAGAUAUAUCCACAAGUUUAAUACCUCAUUUACAUUAGAAAAUAAUUGUUACUUUUCCCUGUUAUCUGGAAUAAAGUUAUUCAUAUAAAAUCAGUCAUAAUCAGGGAAAACAAACAUGGUACAGUAAAUAAAGUGGUGAAGUGUCUUGAGUGUAUUUGAGUGAACAUAUACCUCCUUUUGAUGGAGAAAUCCUUUAAACCAGUAAUAUGUCAAUGCAUUGCCUUAGUUUAAUAUACAAUGUUUAGGUUCCAUUUUUAUGAUCUAAGUAAUAUUCAUGUGUGAGUCUGAAGUAUUUGUGUAUACAUGAGUAUAUUUAUCCUAUAAUGUACUGCUUAUAAUAUGAACAUCUUUUUGUAACCUUCACUAUUUGGUCAUGUCUUAUUCAAAAUGUUGGAAUUGUAUUUACUUCCUUGUUUCACAAAUAAAGACCCAACUAUGGCUAAGACAAAUCAA